AGCAAAACCCACUACCUGGCCACCCUAGCCGACCAGUCAACUUAGGGAUUUCCGCAUUCACGAGGCUGGGAUUUGCGCGUCUCCGCUAGUGUUAGCAAAGCGAUUUGUCGUGAUUUGUAACCGCCGUACUUCUGGUGGCCAUGGCGGAGCCAAUGGCGAUGGAAGUGGAGCCAGCUUCCGCUGACUCGAAGCCCGUACCUCGCCCCUUGGCAUUCAACGUGCUGCAUCUCAUCAAGACAGCUCAGGCGCAGCACGGCGGCCGCUACGGCGACUACCAGCGCUACCGGCGCUACUGCUCGGCUCGUCUGCGGCGGCUGUUCCGGUCGCUGCGCUUCCUGCACGGCAAGGGCAAGUACCAGCGCAAGGCGCUCGAGCCGCACACCGUCUCAGAUGUCAGGCAUCUGCACAUCCCGCUGUUCUCCGCGGAGCGCGCGUGGGCGUACGCCAUGGAGCUCAAGCAGGCUAUCAGUGAGGCGGGCUCCGCCGCCGCCGCGCAGGCCGCCUUUGCGCGCAAGCGCGCGCACCUGCUGCGGCGCCUGGCGCGCGCCGCCAGAUGGGCGGACGGGUUCUCGCGGCUGUGCGCCGCUAGGGCGGACUCCAAGACGGCGCUGGAGGCGGAGGCGUACGCGUCGUACAUGUGGGGCACGGUGCUGAUGGAGCGAGAGACCGACUUCGACACCGCCCUGCAGAAGUUCAGCCGUGCGCGCACGGUGUACGAGCAGCUGGGGCGGGUGGGCGACGUGGAGGAGCAGAUGCUAUGCCGGCAGCGCGCCGAGGAGAUGGACCCCAGCAUCCGCUUCUGCCGCUACAAGAUGGGCGCCCAAGCCCCCAACGCCGCCUCCUCCGCUGCUGCUGAUGCCGCUUCCAAUCUCCUCGACCUGUCCGUGCACGAGGGGCCGGGGGCCGAUUUGCUGCAGUCCAAGCUCGAGGCGGUGAUGGAGGAGGCACGGUCGCGCGAGGCGGCGAGCCUGGCGGAGCUGGACUGGCUGGGGCGUAAGUACUCCGUGCUCAAUGCCAAGACGCGCGUCUGCAUCCUCAAAGCGCAGCAGCUGGAGGCUGAGGUGGCAUCUGCUGACGUGGCAAACGACCGUCGGCUCAACCUGUACGACAAGAUCUUUGUGGCGUACCACGACGCCAAGCGGCUCAUUCGGGACGACAUGGUGGCGGCGGGCGGGGCGGAGGAUGUCAAGGAGCAGCUGGCAGCGCUGGAGCGUGCGGUGUCGUGCCUGGUGCUGCAGCGCACCAUCGACCGCAACCUGCUGCUCGUGCACGGCGCCAAGAGCCGGCUGGAGAGGCAGCAGCAGCAGGGGGGGCAGGGGGGGCAGCAGCAGGGGCAGGGGAAGGGGAAGGGAGGAGGGGAUGAGGGGAAGAAGGGGAAGCGGGAGAAAGGGAGGGAGGAGAAGGACAGGGAGAAGCCGGCGAGGCCGGAGGAUUUGAUUAGGCUGUAUGACACUCUGCUGCAGAACGCAUCGGACCUCUCUGAUCUGGCGGCAUCUGGAAGGGACGCCCGUGCAGAGGAGAAGGCGCUGGGUGCUCAGCUCGAGGCCAACAGAGCCUGCUACCAGGCCUGCAGGGCGUUCUAUGUGGCCCUGGCGUACCAGGCAGCAGGCAAGGACGCGGAGGCCUACGUGGUGUUUGGCAGGGCGGCAGCGGACGCGGAGGAGGCAGGCAAGGGGCUGCAGAAGCUGCAGGAGGGCACGGGAGCACAGGCAGGGAAGGAUAGCAAGGGGAAGGGCAAGGGCAAGGCCACGGACAAGGCAUCAGAGCAAGCUGCAGAGGAGAGGGAGGUGCAGGAGGUGGUGGCACGCAGCAAGGUGCAGCGGUGUGUCAUCCACGCGCGUGCCACUCUUGAGGCCAUCAAAGCAAAGGACCCGGCCACUGUGGAGAAGGGCGUUGCGGAGCUCUCCCUGCGCGGCAAAGACAAGCAGCAGGUGGACGCUAAGUACAUGACUGAGAACCUGAAUGAAUUCGUGAGUGCAAUCACACUGGACUCCACUCCUGGCUCCAAGCUCGUCCCCCACAUCGCUCGAGUGCCGCCGCCCUUCCAAGCUGUGCCGUGCCGACCCAUCGUGCUCGACACCGCUCUCAAUGCCAUCAACUUUCCCGAUCUUGAGGGCCGGGCCAAAAAAGAGGGGAAGAAGGGAGGUGGUCUCUUCAGCUCUUUCUGGGGUGGUGCCAGAUCGUGAUCUGUGUGUUCAGGAGGAGCUGUGUUUAAAUAAUAUGCCAAGAUGGGCAUUCUCAUUCAGACUUGAGGGUUUCAACCAACAACGGAAUUCCUUCCCAAAUUUGGAACCUAAAGAGGGUUUACAUUUCUGGAUAGUUUGCAUCUAAUCGAGCCAUGCUGAAAAGAGUCGGUAGUGUCCUGUCCACCCUGGCUUGUGAUGAAGUGGCUGCUCGAAUGUUCCAUCUCA